CACUACAAAUACAGCGAAAUCUUUAGUGCCGUCAGUUGAUAACCUGGAGUGGUGUAUGCCUGUUAUGUAUGGCUACCUCUCCUAGGAGAGAGAUGCGGGGGGACUGAUGGUGCCUUAGUCUGUAACAUAAGUCAGCGCUGCGGUGUAAGUUUCUGCUGCUGCUGAAAUUUAGGCUGGUGGCUGCAGGAUAUUUGCUUCAGUAAGCAGCAAGGAAAGUAAACAAGUGCAAGUUACCAUUUUAUAACUGCAUUGAGAACGCUGGUUUCCUGUCUUCCCUUCAGCAAUUCUCCAAAUAUCUUUCUUUCCUAAGGGAGAACUCUUAUAAAACCUUCUUGGUUUGCUGACGGCAAAUGAAAUGCUCCUUAGAGCAGCACCUAGAAGCUUUUGAUACCUUAAAAUCUCACUUGUGCUCUUCACCUUCAGUGUGUCUCAACCCUUUAUGUUGCAGGAUCUUAUGAUUCUCCGUAACAGCUGCUACCUGCCAAAUAAAAAUUCUGAGGCUGCCCAAUCCAUGAGUGGGCAUCGAAACAUAAAGAGACGAUGCGGGGAGUCGCACCUGGAAUCCCCCGCGGGCUGCGGUCACAGUCCUGCCGCUGGAUGCGUGUUAAGCAAACUAGUUCAGUUGCCUACACCUCCCCUGUCAAAGCACCAGCUGAAACGGUUAGAAGAACACAAAUAUCAGAGUGCCGGACGAUCCCUGCUUGAACCCUUAAUGCAAGGUUACUGGGAAUGGUUAGUUGGAAGAGUUCCAGCCUGGAUUGCCCCGAAUCUGAUCACCAUCAUUGGACUGUUAAUAAAUAUAUUUACAACUCUGCUAUUAGUAUAUUACUGCCCAACAGCUACAGAACAGGCACCUCCCUGGGCAUACAUUGCUUGUGCAUGUGGCCUUUUCAUCUACCAGUCUCUGGAUGCUAUAGAUGGAAAACAAGCAAGAAGGACAAAUAGCAGUACUCCGUUAGGAGAACUUUUUGAUCAUGGCUGUGAUUCACUUUCCACAGUCUUUGUGGUUUUGGGAACUUGUAUUGCUGUGCAGCUGGGAACGAACCCUGACUGGAUGUUCUUUUGUUGUUUUGCUGGAACAUUCAUGUUUUACUGCGCGCAUUGGCAGACGUACGUCUCUGGAACGUUGCGCUUUGGCAUAAUUGAUGUGACUGAAGUGCAAAUCUUCAUAAUAAUCAUGCAUUUACUGGCAGUGAUUGGAGGACCACCUUUUUGGCAAUCUCUGAUGUGGCUGAAGCGUGCAUACAUCCAGCUGGGAUCUGGCCUUUGCGAGAUUCCAAUACUGAAUAUUCAGAUGAAAAUAUUCCCGGCGCUCUGUACUGUCGCAGGAACCAUAUUCUCCUGUACAAACUACUUUGGUGUAAUAUUCACAGGUGGAGUUGGCAAAAAUGGAUCCACUAUAGCAGGAACGAGCGUCCUUUCACCUUUUCUUCAUAUCGGGUCAGUGAUUGCAUUAGCUGCAAUGAUCUACAAGAAAUCUGCUGUGCAGCUCUUUGAAAAGCAUCCCUGCUUAUAUAUCCUUACUUUUGGUUUUGUAUCUGCUAAGAUAACAAACAAACUAGUGGUUGCACACAUGACCAAAAGUGAAAUGCACCUGCACGACACAGCAUUCAUAGGCCCAGCACUAUUGUUUCUGGAUCAGUAUUUUAACAGCUUUAUUGAUGAGUAUAUUGUACUCUGGAUUGCCCUGAUCUUUUCUCUCUUUGAUUUGCUUCGAUACUGUGUCAGUGUGUGCAAUCAGAUUGCUGCCCAUCUGCACAUCCACGUCUUCAGAAUCAAGUCCUCCUCCACGCAUUCAAAUCACCAUUAGUAAAUGGGGAGUCACCGUAAGGAGACACAAGAAAGAG